GUGAAAUAUAAGAGUAAGCGGAGUGGCUUGCCCGCCAGCGUCACCAACCUCGCUAGAACACCGCCCCCUAGCCCUCGCUGGGGGUCGCCACCGGAGACGUGCUAAACCUUUGGCGAGAAGAGAGAGAUGGUGAGGAAUGAAUUUGAUUGGUGGGAGUGGGGUUUGACCGAAUUAAAUUUUAUAGUUUUGUUUUGAAAAAGCCCUACCGCGUCUCCAGUCCGAUCGUAGUUACCCUCGGAAUUAAUGUCAUCGCAUGGCACAGAGGAAGCAUUUGCAGGAUUGGCAAUGGAGAAUUGGAUGAAAGGAGUAUCACCAAUGAAGAAUUGACGGUCACUGAGAUGGAUGUGCAGGAACGAAUUCAAAUUUCCCAGAAUUUCCCAGAAUUUGGAUAAUGUGUUGGGAGCACUUGUUGAUGCUCCUGACAUGGUAAGAGGCCAAAUGAACUUCAAGAGGUUAACACUUACAAACAUCAAGAUUGACAUCAAUAGAGUUCCAAAGAAGAAAACCGUUGUUGCUGCUUUAGAAGCUGCAGGAAGAAGCUAAAUCUGUCGGGCAGCUGCGUAAUGUUAGGCGGACUAAUCUCCUUGGUUGCUACUGUGAAGAUGAUGAGAGGCUACUUGUGGCUGAGUACAUGCUCAGUCACAUCCUAUGAAGUGGGAAAUGAGGUUAAGAGUUGUGCUACAUCUUGCAAAAGCUCUUGAAUAUUGUACAAGUAAAGGUCUUGCUCUUUAUCAUGACAUAUAAAUAUUGUGGAUUUUGGUCGUGAGGAAUUUUUUUUUUAGUUCACACGUAGUGGUUUCAUUUUUCAUAUCUAAUAUCUUGAGAUCUUGACUUUGUAAUCUGUAUUGUUAUGCU